CAAAGCUAUAAAGAAAUCCCUCCUUUGUGUUUUCUGUUGACAGGUAGAACCUGCUUUGCGUGCUUCUCGCUGAUCAUGGUGACCUCAUGCAUGUAGUGAACUGUUACCAAGUUCCCUCAGAAUGUUGUACGUCUCAGUGGUGAUGUGUCACUGAGUGUGAUAUCAGUGUGUGAACGUGACUCACUGCUUAUCUGCAGCAAAUCUUCAAAGCAUUUAAAAGACUCAUCUGGGGACUAUGGUGGGAUAUGGUUUCUGCUGAAAAUAAACCCAAGAAGAAAGGAAAAGAUGAAAAGAAAAACCUCUGCAGUGCCUGGGAGGGUUUCGAGGCAGACAACAGAACAAAUGAUGAUAAUGUGCUUUAUGGAUGCUGGAAGGCUAAACAGCAGAUUAAGCACAAAUGCAGAUAUCUGGAUGAGAAGAACGUCGUGGUGGCGGAUCAUUUACGAAGGUGUCCCUGGUCCUCUGGCUCAGAGCGGAGUGAUGUGGCAGAAAAAAUACCCCCGGGAUUGGACGCAUCUCAAGAUAAUACUCUCUCCACUACAUCUCCUGUGGUCCUUCCGGCAGAUCCGAGCCCUUUGAGACAAAGCCCUUCUGACACUGACUGUUUCCCAGCAAAUAACAAUGCACUCGUUAACCCGAUGAUCCAUAAACAAAGUAUCAUUUAUGGUCUCAGCCCGAUGGGAACAAGCAGCUUAGAAGUGAAGAAGCAUAGCCUGCCCUUGAUACGAUGGGCUCCUGCUGCAUCUCGGGUGCUGAUGCUGGAGGAGCCCGUGGCCUGGCGAUGUAAAGGAUUGGCUACAGUGAACCGUGAAGCAAGGCCUGCUGAACCUUCACAGCUCUGGAAAAGGGCAUCUGGCAAGAAGCUGGAAUGGGGCCAUGGGCGGCCGGCCAGGCUGGCACAUCUGCCGGUGCAGUCACCCAAAAACGGCCCGUCUGUGGCCAGAAAAAGGCCCGUGAUCCAGAGAGAGGCCAGGCUAACUGCGGGUCACGGAGGGGUACAGGUGCAGGACAGUCAUGUGGAACAGAACUUCAGUCAAAAAGCAGCAGAGACUAAACAUAGAGACCUGCCACACGACAGCGAUGGGUCAGCCUCAGGAGUACCAACGAACAAACAAGCACUUUAUAACUCUUUGGAUCUUUGGAGCCCAACACAAGCAGAGGCAGGACUCAGCUCAGCACAACUGGUACAACAAGGAGGCAUCUCCACGGCCUGCUCCGAUGUGAGUCAGUGGAUGGAUGUGCUGUGUCAGUCUGGAUACCAAGGAAACAGCAAGUCCUCCACCGGAUUCCGGGACGUCACCUUAUUCCACGUUCUCCAAAUUCUACAGAGCAAACCAGUCCAUUUCCCACAAGUCGGGGGUCAGAGACGUCUCGAGGUUCUUUAGUGUCUGAAGCUCUGA